CCUUAAUGACGUGAUAUGUUCCUGAUUAAAAGGUUUCACAACCACAACCUUUACAGAGAAGUUCUGGAGCCAAUAACACUCAAUCAAUAUGAUAAUCAAUCAAAUGUCCAACUGGCUUGCCGAGUGGAGCCAGGCGCUCGUGUUGUGACUCGUGUCUGUCAGUCUGGGCGUAGAGCCGGUGGACCGUGACGUCAUCAGGCAGCCGCCGCGUAACGUCAGGGACAGCAUCAUCACCCGCGGCCUGCUGGGCAAGGUGCUGGUGUCGGCCACGGUCAUCGUCUGUGGGACGCUGUUCGUCUUCUGGAGGGAGCUGCAGGACAACGUGAUCACGCCCCGAGACACCACCAUGACCUUCACCUGCUUCGUCUUCUUCGACAUGUUCAACGCUCUCAGCUCGCGCUCACAGACCUGUAUGGUCCAUGAACUGGGUCUGUGCAGCAACAGGACCUUCUGCUAUGCCGUGCUGGCCUCCAUCAUGGGGCAGCUGCUCGUCAUCUACUUUCCUCCACUGCAGAACGUGUUCCAGACGGAGAGCCUCAGCGUCUUUGACCUGCUGUUCCUCGUGACCCUGACCUCCUCGGUGUGUCUGGUUUCUGAGGCCAUAAAGCUGAUGGAGAGGUGGAGGGGAGUCGAGAGGAGUCCACCCUCCGACUGCUUCCACGAGGUAUGACCUCCCCC